GGGUAGGAACAAACCAGUGUCAAUGGUUAACCCAGACUCUUGGUGUCUGGGGCUUUUCCCCGUUAUUAUUAACUAAAAGAGUAUUCCUGCCAUAGCUCAGCUGAGAGCACACAGCUCACAGACUUCUCACAGGGAGCGUGAACCUAAGGGAUGGGCUGGUGAAAUAUUUAAGUGAUCACCAACAUCCAUUGCACCUACUUCUGAGUCAACGAAGAAAGAAGCUAGAGAAAUACAGCCACCAGGAAAAAUGAGAGAAAUGGCAACAUACAUUUACCGAACUUUUGAGAUCAAAAUGAGUUUGAGUUGGUACAUUCGAGGAGAUCUUAACUGAAAAAAAAUCAAGAACCAUUAACACACCUAGAACGAUUACUGCUACAGAACUCAACUGAAUGCCCUAAAGACACAACAGAGAAUGAGCUAUUACGGCAGCAGCUAUCGAAUUGUAAACGUGGACUCCAAAUACCCAGGCUACCCUCCAGAGCACAUCAUAGCUGAGAAGAGGAGGGCCAGACGGCGUCUCUUGCACAAAGACGGCAACUGCAAUGUGUACUUCAAGCACAUUUUUGGGGAAUGGGGGAGUUACAUGGUGGACAUUUUCACCACUCUGGUGGACACCAAAUGGCGCCACAUGUUUGUGAUCUUUUCUUUGUCUUACAUUCUCUCCUGGUUGAUCUUUGGCUCCGUCUUUUGGCUGAUCGCCUUUCAUCAUGGAGACCUGCUCAAUGACCCAGACGUCACACCUUGUGUCGACAAUGUUCACUCUUUCACGGGGGCGUUUUUAUUCUCCCUGGAGACCCAGACCACCAUAGGGUACGGUUACCGUUGUGUCACCGAGGAGUGCUCGGUGGCAGUGCUCACGGUGAUCCUGCAGUCCAUCUUAAGCUGCAUCAUCAACACCUUUAUCAUUGGAGCUGCCCUGGCCAAAAUGGCAACUGCCCGGAAGAGAGCCCAGACCAUCCGAUUCAGCUAUUUUGCUCUGAUAGGCAUGAGGGAUGGGAAGCUUUGCCUCAUGUGGCGCAUUGGUGAUUUCCGACCAAACCACGUGGUAGAAGGGACAGUGAGAGCCCAGCUUCUCCGCUAUACAGAAGACAGCGAAGGGCGGAUGACAAUGGCAUUUAAAGACCUCAAGUUAGUCAAUGACCAGAUCAUUCUAGUGACCCCAGUAACAAUCGUUCACGAGAUUGACCAUGAGAGUCCCCUGUAUGCCCUCGAUCGCAAAGCAGUGGCCAAAGACAACUUUGAGAUCUUGGUGACCUUUAUCUACACUGGUGAUUCUACUGGGACCUCUCACCAAUCGAGGAGCUCCUAUGUGCCCCGAGAAAUCCUCUGGGGCCACAGGUUUAAUGAUGUCUUGGAGGUGAAGAGGAAGUAUUACAAAGUAAAUUGCUUGCAGUUUGAGGGAAGUGUGGAAGUGUAUGCCCCCUUUUGCAGUGCCAAACAGCUGGACUGGAAAGACCAGCAGCUACACAACAUGGGAAAGUCAUCACCCGUCCGAGAAUCCUGUACCUCAGACACCAGUGUCGGAAGAAGGUCCUUUAGUGCAGUUGCCAUCGUCAGCAGCUGUGAAAACCCGGAGGGGACCACCACCUCUGUCGAGGAGGAGUGUAAGGAAGCUCCUUAUCGGAAAGCUCUCCUGACUCUAAAUCGAGUCUCCAUAGAGUCCCAGAUGUAAUCCCGCACAUAAGUGGGGCUCCUGCUUGAUCUAUCUUCAGCCAAUCACCUAAGGCAAGUAGUUGUAAUCAUGGCUUUAAAAAAUGUUACAGCUGUGUUCUGGUGAUGGUAGUAAGUAGAGUAGGUUAAACUCAUAAAAAAAUAAUAUAUACAUUCCAUAGCUUUAUGUCAUCAAAAUUUAUUUUUUUUUUGCUAGCAAUUUGGUUUAGAAAUCUAUUAUGAAGACUAGAGGAGUAAGUUUCGUCUCCUCUCAUUAUCUCAUUUACUUGUACCUUCAAUUGGAGGAACAAUUUUCAGUAAUGGGGAAUAAAGGCAAGGUGCUAAAAUCAGGAAAGACUGGAAGACAGGAAAACUAGAACGAGUACGUUUUUUAAUCUAUAGAAAAUGAUAACUGGAGAGUGCUUUCUUGUAAAAAGCAUCCUGUCGUCUAACCAAGACACAUAAGCCAUGCCUUGAGUACCGUCAUAUUGAGAUACAUAAAUGUGAAAUCAUUGGCCAGACAGAGUCAUCGAAUCUGCCUCUCACGGUGUCUCAGUAUCAGCAGGCAGAGACAGGGGCUGUAAAAAAACUGGACAGUGCACCAAUUCUGGGACUUUUCCCACUGCCGCUUGCCUGGGUAACUAAUGAGCACUGGAGCUAAGUAACCCUGUGGCAGAAGAAACAUUGACAUUGUCAUUUAGAGCGGUAUCACUCUCUCAAAGACAGUUGUGGACAUCCUCAGACCCUUUGAGAGAGAACUUGGCCUCUGACCUGAAAGCCUGCAGUAUGGGCUGCUAUGCAAGGAAUAGAAGCCUCCCUCCCCACCACUCCCUGCUCCUUGGAGCAGGUGCGGAGAGAAGGAUGUAUUCAUUUGUGCCCAGAAACAUCUUGGUCACCUUAUAAGACAUAAAUGCCUCUAGUUCGAAAUUGAAAAUAAAAUCUUUUGUUGAACUUGGAGCAAGCAUUCAUAUGGAUGAUUUUGUGAAAUAUAAUACAAACAAGGCAAUUUUAAUAUAUAUUAAAUGAAGAAUCUAAAUGUUAGGGGACUAGUUACAUUUUAGAACAUGCGAUAAAUUUCUAUACUCUGUUUCUAGGUUAAUAGCUAUCAAAUUAUGAUUACUUUAGGCAUAAAUUCAAUCACCUUUGAGGGAAGAAUCAAUUUCAGAAUUAUCAAUUGAGGCAUAAUUAGCUACAUUUGAAAUUAUUUGUGUGUGUGUGUGUGUGUGUGUGUUUUCUGUUGUUACUGCUCUGGCAAUAAGUGUAUGUUACAGAUUUUAUUUGUUUAUUUUAUUUAAAUAUACAUCUCUAUAGACAUACACACAGUUUCUGUUUUCUUUCUGGAAAAUCAAUCUCUCUCUCUCUGUCCCCACAUUUUUCUUUCUUUCUCUCUUCCCUUCCUGCCUGGCUUCUCUCCUUCAUUGCUUCUUUCCCCUCUUUCUACUGCCCAGAAGCAAGUUACUUUUUAAAUGAACACAUGAAAAAUCUGUCAUUCCCGUUGACUUGUGAAAUAAAAAAUUUGCUUAGGUCAUAAGUUGCAAAACUCUCCUGGACCUUAACAGAGAUCUAAGUGAUGUACAUUUUGCACAUUUUUUUCUGUCUUGCUUCAGGAAUGCAAAUUCCAUUUUUUUUAAAAUCACACACACUCACACAUGGAAAAUUUGGAUUUGAUAGCAGCAAUUAUUUGACAAAAUUAGAGUAUUACAAUCUCCAAGGUAGAAAAAGAAUAAUCAGGACAAUAAUCAGAAAGCACUCCUCACUUUUUUUUUUUUUUAGUUUACUUUCCCCAGGUCUAGAUUUCUUUCCCCAUUUUGCUUCUGGAUGAUGUUUGCCUGGAUAAUAUCAGAUCAGGGGUAUUGACAUUCAGUUAAAUACAUUCUUUUGUGCUGUGUGCCUCUACAACCAAAUGCUCAAAUGGAAGAGAAUGUAAAAUCUGCAGUGAUGUGCGAGAAUUGUCUCUAAUUUUCUGUGUUGAUUUCUAACACACUUGGAAACUCCCCAAUGUUAAUAAUAAAGAUCUUAAAAUAAAAAUAAUGCUAAAUGAA